AUGGCGCAGCAGCUCAUUCGCGACCUGUUGAGAGGAGCGGAGGUCUUUGAAGCAGGAAAGGAUCUGGCGAAACAGUACAGGAUGAUGGCUGUGGUCAUCCAUCCGGACAAGUGCCAUUUGGAUGGUGCCGCAAGUGCCUUUCAUAUGCUCAAAAAAACGUUUGAUGAGAAGAACAAGAAAGCCAAAGUCUACCAAGAAGUUUCCGUGGAGGAACUCCUCAGACGUCAGGAGGAUGCCCGAGAGGUGUCCCAGGCCAUGAAGAACCUGCGUCAAGCCCGUGCACAACUAGCUGCUGAAAGAGACGCAGCACGGAAGAAUCUUUUGGAAGGGACUCGAGAGAAGAAUCAGAAGAAGAAGGAGAAAAUCAAAGAGAAACAGAGGAAGGAGCAGGAGUCUAAAGCCGCUUGGCAGGCGGCCAAGGAGGAGAAGGCCAGGGUCGCAAAAGGCAAUCAGAAGAGGGCCCGGAUCGAAGGAAACCGCAGAAAUCAUCCAGGCUGCGCUGCGCACUCUGAUGCUUCCGGGUCCAUGGACGAUAUCAACAGGCUUGACCAUGCAAAGAAGGGUGAUGAGGCGACUCAAGCUGUGGCCCAGACGGAAGCCGUGAAUGCAUCCUUGGAUCCUGCCAUGCAGGAGACAAGUGACAAUUCGUGGUGGAGCUGCGUCAAUGCGAUAUUUCGGGGCUACUGCCAGUGCAGCCGCUAA